CCGGAUGAUCCCUGCCUUGAAACGCCAUUCUGUUCACUGUUGUAAACAACUGGGAAUACCGCGACAUUGAAAGAUGUUGGAAGGACUGUAUGGAAAGAGUCAUAAGCUGUGUUGAGAACCCCAUUAUCUAAGAGUGUGAUGUGAUUAUCAUUCCUAGAACACUUUUGGGUUGUGCUUUCAAGUGUCAAGAACCGGUUUGAACUGAUUAAAAGAAGCGAUGAUUUUGUGUCUAACGAAUAUUAUUAUACGUCCCUCGUGUUAUAGGACAUUUAUCUUGAAUCGACUGUCAUUGUUUGGUAGGAUAACUAUGACUUGAUGACCUGAGAAUUGUAAUUGUGUGUUGUAAUUUUAUGUUAUUUUUAAUACCGCGCAUUUGAGCAAUGAUUAAAGUGACUGUGACAGAUGAGGGGAUACCAAUGGUAUGGAAUUCUGAAGACUGGAUAAAGCUGAGGAAUGAAUAUAGAAUCCUUGGAAAUUUAUGUGGCUCUUUACCGGAUGUCUCCUCCCAAGAACAAUUUCAUGGUUUGCCUUUAGUUCUUUUGCCAUAUGAAGCAACUCUGCUUCGUGAGAAAAAAAUUGCUCGUUUGGUGCGAUAUCCAUCUCUGGCAAGAGCUCCGGGAAAGGGUGUAAGGGAAGAAUAUGAAAAGUAUUGCCAACGAAUAUGCGAUGGUCAACUGACUACUUUAGUGAAAAAGCAGAGACAAUCUGAUAUUAAUGAAAGAAGUAAAGAUGUGGAAGAGACAGAGGAAAAUUCAGAGCUAUUAAAGGUUACUAAAAGAACAAGAAAGAGGCGGAAAGACAGUGGUGAUAGUUCUCAUUCAUCCUUGUUAAAUCUUGCUAUUGAGAAAUUUGGUGAAGAAGAGCUAAAAAGAAUUAUCCUCUCCAAUUCUUUGUGGGAGUGCAAACACCCUUAUCCGUGGUUAAGAAAGGAAGAUGCAUGUUCUGUGAAAUGGAGAUACCCUUCGACUUCAGCAGAAAAUCUUACUUUUAAUGUUUUCAAAGAUUUUUGGGAGAAGGGCUAUUACAUUUCCUCUGGCCAUAAGUUUGGUGCUCACUUCAUUGUUUACCCAGGUGAUCCAUUUGUGUAUUCUGCACAUUUUCUGGUUAUCUGCAUUGAGAGAAAUGCUGCAAUUCGUCCCAGUGAUGUUGCUGUUCUCUGUCGACUUGGUGAUACCAUGAAUAAAUCUGUUGUACUUGCAUGUGAAACAAAUGACAAGAUUACUUAUCAAACCUUAAAAUGUAGUGUGUUGAGCAAAUAAAUUUUUUUAUUCUUUGUGAAA